AUGAAUUUGCAGAACCUCCAAAAUUUUUUUCAUUUCGAUGGACCGAAAUGUCCAGUAAUAUCGAUACUACUUGAAAAGAUUGAUAUUCUAAGUGACGAAGAGAGUUCUGAUAUUCCAGAUUACUUCUACGAGUUGCCAACAUUAACUCGCCAACAAUUAUAUUCAAUAGAUGACAAUAUAAAUCAAGAAACUCACGAUGUAACUUCUGCACUUAAACCCUACGCAAGUAUUUUAAAAUUUAAUCCGGAUUUAUUUAAAUAUGUUAGGAAUAUUUUCGAAAAUACUGAAUCUGACACCAAAUAUCCUCGUAUUGCAAUUAUAUAUCACUUAGUAUCAUUUAUUGCACACAUAAAUGAAUUUAUUGCUGAUGAAUUUUUAAAAAUAAUAUUUCAAUCUUUAAAUUCGAUACAAUUUCAAAAGCUUCAAGAAGUUACUACGAUAUUAUUCAUUAAUAUUGCUCAAUGUGUACUCAAAAGGCAAGAUUAUAAAUGGGAUUCCGAAACAAUUUUAAUUUGUUCCCAACAUUUUGUUUUAGACCAAACAUCCAUACGUAUUCCCAGCACCAUUUUCUUCCAGAUUCUGCACUACGUCAUCGACAACAUGGAUUCUGAAACCCUUGACCUGCUGACCGAUGUCAUCAUUCAAAUGCUGAUAAACCCAAAGAAAUACUUUACAUCUGAAGAAAAUUUCAGAGUCAUUGGUUGCAUAAAUGGCCUUCUUAAGGACUUUAAUUUCAGAGCAAUCAGAGUUGUCGCAUUAGUUUCAACAAUCGGAGUAACUCAGCCAGUCAAGGAUUGCUUCGUUGUUUUAUCGUCUGUGUUCGUGAAUUACGUUCAAAGAUUGCCUGUUUUCAACAAAUUGGAAAGUAUUCAGUUAUUUUCUUUUCCAGAAACGAAAUUUUCGACAUUUCCAUUUCACGAAUGCCCUGUAAAUGAGUUCGAAAUGGGAUUUGAACGGAUUCCAAGCGAUAAAAUCAGGACAAACAAAAGAUUAAUUAAUUUUGUGCAGAAAAAUACCCAUGAAACACUUCAAAGUUUCGCAGAAUCGAUAUAUUUGGCUGAGUCAAGAUGUACAGACUGUUUUUAUGCUUCUGUUUUUCAAAUUUUAACUCUGAUGAAAAAUGAGCCACAUUUUAUUGAUUUAUUUGUCUCAAUUUCAAUUGUCAUAGAGAAAAAUAUAGAAAAGACCUCUCUUUCUCACGCCACAGACUUUUUUACUUCUGACGCGAUAUUUAAAGACCAAAUUUGCGCGUUUUCAGGAAAUGAGCUUCCAGAUGUCAUCAAAUUCAUAAGAGGAAAGACAAUCAACUUCAUUUCUCAUUCAGCUCCUUCAAUUUUGGCAGAUAUUUUGGUUGCCAACUCAAAGUACCCGUAUUUGGCCGCAGAAAUAAUUGCCCAUAUACUUUAUUGUGAUAAUGAAAUAGAUUAUCGUGUCUUCACUCGUCCUGACUGUCUUUCUGCGAUUUCAAAUAUUAUUUCAAUGCUUUGGAACAACCAUGACACGGAUCCGAAUGCAAAAUUAGCAUUUACAACUGUUAUGGACUUUGUUUUCACUUUGGUUGAUGACGAAAAAUGUACAAAUGACUGUUUUUCAUCUUUUGACUUUUCUUUCGUUUUCCUUUCUUUAGCAACUGAAAGGAACUUGCUGCAUUUGAUUUACACGCGAAUAAGGAAUUUCCUAGUAUCUGUUAAGGACCAAAAUAUUGAUUUUUUAGCAAAAUCUUUCAAUAAAUUUUUGAAAAGAUUAGAAGAUGACGAAUCUGAGAUAGCCUUAAUUACAACAACAGAAUUGUAUGAGCUGUUCAUAUACGCUUGUUCCCAUAAUCCUCAGCUCUGUUCAAGAUUUAACAAUAUUUUAGACAAUUUGUUCUCUUACGGACUGAAACGGAAAUCUGACAAAGUCAUUCAGCAGACUCUCAAGAUAUUUUCGUUCAUAACUAUGUCUUUUCCGAAAUAUAAAUUAUCAUCGAAAUAUUUUAUGCAAAUCAAUGAAAUAAUUAAGAAAAAUAUUAGUGAUAGCAGUUAUAAAAGCAUUCUAUCAUCUCUUGGGAACAUAAUUUCCAAUUCAAACACUUUAUCUUACGGAGCUCCAUUUCUUGUCAAAAUUCCAACGAUCGCUCCUGUUUAUCUUGCGUCAUUUGGGUCAACAAACUAUAUCAACGAGGUGUUGAAUAUUUUACUGAAACUUUCAGAUUAUUCUGAUUUUAAUUGCGAACAAUUUCACGAAGCCGGUAUAGAUUCCAUCCUAAUUGACUUUCUAUCGUCCGAAACUAAUACAGUCAAGUACAGAGGUUACGAAUUUUCGCUAAAUGUCCCAAAAGACGAUUUGAUUUACAAACUUCUAUUUAAUAUUACCAGAGAAAAAUCAAGCUACUACAUUGCAAUGAAGAUCUUCAAGCUGAUUGUCUGUCCGCCCAAUGUGGAAAUUGCGAAAAGAUUAUUAAACUCCCAGAUCUCAGAAGUCACAUCAAAGAGGAAGCAUGAGUUCCCAUGCGAUUCAGAGAAGCCAUUCUGCCUACUCAAAAACCUCCCAUCAAUGGCUUUUAACAAAAUGCUCACUUUUUCUUUCUGGCUGAACGUUGACACUCCGCUAAUGGCAGAUCUGAGCAAAGAGAUAAUGUUGCUGAAGAUAACAAGUCCAAGCGCAACCUUCAAACUCUUUUUCUUAAGGUCAAAUUUGUAUUAUUCCUUCACAUUUGAAAAAAAUGACAAUCCAGAGAAUGAAUCUACCCCAAAGACCUUAUUAUGCCACUAUUCCAAGAAGGGAUGGACCUUCUGUUCGUUCAUUCAUCAAAGAUAUUCCCUUGAAAAGAGUGCAGUUGGUUUUUACUUCGGAGAACAAAUGGACCAGUGCCAAGAAAUACCAAAACUACAAUUUCCAAUUGACGAUGACUUAGAAUUCGAGUUCGGAGGAGGUGGAACCAUAAAUUCUAAAGAAAUCGUAGUAGUUGGCUCUUUCGGAGUCUCAUUUUCUAUAAUAAGUGAAGAAAGACUAAAGGGAAUCGGCCAGAGAGGAGAUGUUGCCUUGAAUUCAGAAGAAAGUUUUACAAUAAAUUCUAAUAUGAUAAGUAACAACACGAAUAAGGCAGAUUUCGUAUAUAAAGGUGCACAUCAGGACUACAAAUGUCAAGCUGAAUUCAACUAUUUCCUCAAAGAAAAGAAUUCAUUGCAUAAAAUGAUCGGAAGAGGCAAUCAUUUGAUGUCAUUAGUACCUCUUUUUGAUUUGUCAAAGGAUAUACCCAACGAUUUCAUGGAAAUAAUGAUUGGAUUGAUCAAGUAUACAAUUGGCGGAUUUUAUGAAGCUCAGGAAAGGUUCACUUGCUUCUCGUUAAUUGGUAAAAUGCUAGAGAAGUGUCCAUCGAAGCUUAAUUACAGCAUAUAUAUUAGUUUUUACUCAAUAAUGGAUCACAUUUCUCUGAAAAGAUGCUUAAUGAGCUUGUUCAACGGAAUUAUUCUCAACAUAAAUCUCUGGAUCAAAUCUCCCUGCUUCGGAAGGAUCGUUCACCACUGGGCAACGAUGGCCGUCUGCCAAUUUCCGAAAUGCUUCAAAGUUGAGGGUUAUUUCUCAAGGUUAAUCAGAGUUUUCCCAGAUGUUUUCGAAAUAUAUGCGAAAACUAACAAAAAACUUGUCAAAGAAUAUAUUUCAUUAUUAAGCACGAUGAGUGUCACAAAUCUUACUUCAAAAGAACUUGACUUAUUCUUUUCUAUCCUUUACAACUCCCACAAAGAAGAAAUGUUCGAUUUAGUAUACGAUCUUUUAAUUCUCUUUGAGAGAAUUGCGAAUACUCUUAAACUAACCCUCAAGAAAGAUAAUAUUGCUGUUCUACUCGCCCUUCUUGAGAUAGAUGACGUUUCUAUUGUCACUUCGAUUCUCAAAUCUGUAUCUCUCCUCACUGGAACAGUUGAAAUCAUUGCUGCCUCUAUUGCACUCUUUAAACACAAAAAGAAGCAAGAGAUUUUCAAUUCUUUAACUCCAUUCUGCAUCUCUAACCCUUAUUUGUGCCCCUUCUGCAUCGUUCUCUCCCUCAGUCUUCCGUACGACCAGAAGGAAGUCUGUGCAGCCUUGAUCGGAGGCCUUGCGCAGCACAGCCGUGAUGAGAUGAUUUCGAAGGACAAGCUCUGGUUCGUCUAUCCGCUCAUUCUGCUGCUCAGCCAACUUAAUGGAGAAGGAUACUCUCAUUGCUACAACUUUGUGGAGCACUUUGCACUGAAGUCUUCGGAGAAUCUGAAAGUUGUCUUGGAUUUCCUCCAGAUCCUCUCUGGAGCGCUUAAAAUAGACGGUAAUUACAUUGCGAUCCGACUCUUGAAGUCCUCUUCUGAGCUCGAUCUGAGCGCGAGGGAAAGGGCUGUCUACGUCUACAAGGCAAUCUUCUUCAGGUUCUGCGACUACUCCAUUGACCCGAGACUUGUCGACGCCUACAUCAACUCUCCAUUCUACCUGAACGAGUCGCUUGAGAGUGAAAAGAGACAGGUUGACGACGUUUUGUCGCUUUAUUCGAUUCUGAAGGCGGCGAACAAAUUCACUCUCAAGUUCGGCAUUUCAGUUGACGAAAACGUCGGUGGUGAAUCCAGUGAAAGCGUCUGCCAGAUGGCGAACUCCCUGGAAGAUACCGACCUCGCUGCUUUUCCAUCACUCUUCAAGCUGCUUUCACAGAUUUUGUCAAACGACAAAGUUACAUUUAAAGAGGCGGAGAUGUCAGAUGUAAUCUCCGACUUCUCGAUGGAGUUCUCGCAGAAGCUCUCCAACCUGUCGAUGGAGAUCUGUGAGGCGAUUUCGGAAGCGAAGAACCUGAUUUUGCUGACGUCGAAUGUCACGAUGACUCCGCUCUCUAAGCCAAAGAUUUUCAUACCGCCGAUGAAUUCCGUCAACGAUUUCCAGGUGUACAUGAACACGUUCAACAUAGAGAAGUGCGAGAGAAGAAGGAGUCACUUCUACGGAUUCGCGAAAGUGCCCUGCUUCAAAUACCUUUUCUUCGACACGAAAAUCCAGUUUUCCGAUGAUGUCGGCGAUAUCGGAAUCAAUGGUUUGAACUACACUUCGAAGAACAUUGUUUCCUAUCCUGGGGCAAGGUACAUUCUCGGAGAGAUGAGGCCGAUCUGCAUCUUUAUUUCGUCCGACCAGAUACAGAUAAUAUCCAAGUCAGACCCGUCGAAACUGAUAAAGAAUGAGGACAUAGAAUACAUCCUGGAGAAGCCACCGACGUCGAUAGAGAUAUUUCUGAGGACGAAUGAGAGUUUCUACAUCGACUUUGAUCCGAUUUCAUCUGACACAAUAAUGUCGAACCUGAAGGAAAUCGACAAAAGGUUUUCUCUCCAGAUUUCUGAUCUCCUCUUGAAGACGUUUUCGAGAAGACUUCUCUGGUCGAACUUCGAGGUUCUCGUAACCUUCGAGCUGUUCACAGGAAAGACCUUCCACGUCAGCGGCCUCUUCCCCGAGAUCAGGCAGACGAGUGUCAUCUCUGUUCCUUACGAACUCUACGUUUGCGACGGAGUUAUCCCUCUGGAAGAAGUCAUCAGAAACAGGAAGAAGACAGAAUCAUUUGACUUCUCGAGCGAAUUCAUCCCUAUUCUAGGUGAGAGGAAACCAGAUUUCACGAUUCAGAACUCGACAAUCUUCGGAUUGGGUCUCGUGAAGGAUGAGAUUCUCGCUGUUUUUGUCUUUGGGAGAAAUGUCGCUAUUUUUGUCAAAAAUGGCCAACUCCGUUUCUUCACUUUCGACACAGAGGGUCCACAGCUCAAGAAGGUCUACGGCAUCCAGUACAGCGAUGACUUCCUUGUGUUCCACUCGAGCGAAGUCCUCUUCGUCAUAGACCCUUCAAACAGCAAGAAGUACUCCUUCACGAAGGACGACGUCGACCAGGAAAUCGUAGAAGUCCCCGAACUAUUUGCGAUGUCUAGUGGCCACAAGGCGGCUCUCUUCAACGGAUCGGAGGUGAGGACUGAGAACGUUCUGGCGGAGAUCCCAGGAAAGGUCACAUGUCUGGACCUGGCCUACUCUGGCUCUUUGUUCGCGUGCAGCACCACAGACUGCAAAAUAUUCGUCCACAACACGAUGCACAAUGAGUUCAUCUCGAUGAUUCAGUGUGAGAAAGAACCUCUGAAACUCCUCAUCACUGAUUCGUUGAAUUUCGUUUUUGCAGAUUUAGGAGAUUCAAUUUCUAUCUAUGCUUCUUUCGGAGAGUUCAUCUGCAGCGUGGAUGUCGAAGUUGUUUGCUGGCACAAAUUCAUAUACAAAGGAAUCGAUUAUGUCAUAAUUUGCGAUUCUGACUUCAACAUCCUUUUCUUUGACCCCUCCGACUUCAAGAAUCCAAAGAAAUUAGGAAAAACAGAAGAUGUAGCAUUGAGGAUUUCUGUUGGGUUCUACCCACUUUGUAUGGUUGUUGUUACUGCAAAUGGAAGACUUAAUUUGUUCCCUUUAAUUAUUUAA